AUGCACAAAAAAGUACUCUGUUAUGAAGAAGUGGUUGACAUAUCUAACCUGAACUCCAAUUCAAAUGAUGUGAUUCCAAAACAAAAAGGAUUCGAUCAGAGCACCAUUGUUGAUCUAUUAUCGAUCAAUGAGUUUGAAAAUAUACCUCAGAUGUUUUCAAAUCAGCAAAUUGUGGAAUUACUAGAUCGGGAGAAUCCAGUAUUCGACAAUAAAUACUAUUUGGAGACAAAUUCUAUCAAAUUCAAAAUAAAAACAGAAAAUACAAGAUUAGAGAUAAUGGAAAUCUAUCGAAAACUCCAUGAAUGCGAAGAUAGAGGUCAGGAUAGUCAAACUGCCAAAUAUAAUGAAUUCGCUUUGAAUGAAAAUCAACAGAUUGAAACCAAAAGCUACACUACAGAAUUCCUAACUUCAUCUACAAAAGAUAUUAGUUUUGGUGUUCGAUUCGUUAAUCUCAUUUUUGGCGUAGAAGUUCCUCAGCUGAUGAGUAUGUUCGUAAACAGUGUUUAUUCCUCUAAGGAUUUGUUCUUGAGAGAAGCCAUUUCCAAUGCUUCUGAUGCUAUUACAAAGAUGUACGAAUCCAAAGCUUCUUUGGACGCUGAUGGAUACAAGACUAUUGAAGUUAUUCCAGAUGUCAAGAAUAAUUGCCUAAUUAUUCGAGAUAAUGGAAUUGGAAUGACUAAGGAGGAUUUGAAAAAUUAUUUGGGUUCAAUUGCUGCGAGUGGAACAGGAAAGUUUAGAGAAUUAAUGAAUUCGACAAAUAAACAAAAGAUGGAGGAUCUUAUCGGUCAAUUUGGUUUAGGAUUUUACUCCCUCUUCUUAGUUGCUGAUAGAGUAGAUGUCAUCACCAAGAAUCCGAGAGAUAGUUCAUAUUUGUGGACUUCUGAAGAGUAUGAAUUUGAUGGAUUACACGGAACUUCUAUAGUAUUGCAUCUGAAAGAGGGUGAAGGGGAAUUUCUUAAGACUGAUGUCCUGACUAAAUUAAUAAAGAAACACUCUAUGUAUAUCAGAUACCCAAUAGCACUGCACGUGGAAAAGGAGAUUGAAGUUGCAGAAGAGGAGGAGAAACCUAAAGUUGAUGAGGAGGAAGAAGCCCCCAACAAUGACAAUCAGCCAGAAGUAACAGAGGUUAAAGAAGAUGCAGAAGUUAAAAAAACUAAAAAGAAGAUCACCGAAAUGCAAAUUAUUAAUUCUGAUAUCUCAGUCUGGAAGAAAAAGGCUAAAAUGAGCUUCUUUGAAAAACCUACAGAGAAGGCUACCAACUUUAAGAUUUAUAACAAUAAUGUGUUCAUUACUGAUUCUUUGCCAAGGGAUAUUGUUCCGGAAUGGAUGAGUUUCGUAGUAGGAGCUGUCACAAGUAGUGAUUUCUCAUUGAAUAUUUCAAGGGAGUUUUUGCAAGUGAGGGAAACAUCUGAUAACAUCCAGAAGACCUUUGCACAAUUCUUAAUGUAUCCAACUAAUAAAGAUAGCAAGUUAACUUCGUUAGAUGGGUAUUGCAAACAAAUUGACGAAUCGGACAAACAGAUUCUCUAUUUAACAGGACUAAAUCAGAAAGACGUGGAAAACUCUUUGUAUUUGGAUGCAUUCAAAGAUAGAACUGUUCUAUUGAUGUCAGAUGCUAGUGAUGAGAUUAUGUUGCAAGGAUUUAAGAAUUAUAAUGGAUUGACUUUUCAGAAUAUCUCGGCUGAAGGUGUUGAUAUGGUUAGUUCUGAUGUUGACACGACAUUCGAUGAGUUUGGUGAAUACUGCCAGAAAUUGUUGGAGAAUUCGACAGAAAAAGUCAUUUUCUCAAAGAGAUUCCAAACAGUUCCAGCUUCUAUUCUAACAACUAAGCAUUCUCAUAGUUCUACUAUGGAAGCCAUCAUGAGAAGUCAUCCAAACGCAGAAAACGAUUUGAUGAUGCAAAUGAUGCUUAAAUCCAAGAAGAUAUUUGAGAUGAAUUCCGGAAAUAUCUUCGUUAACAAUCUUAAGGCACUUUAUGAUGAGAAGAAAUUAAAGAAGGUUGAUGAGUAUGUUAAAUUCCUUUAUGAUGCUACUGCUGUAGGUUGUGGAAAUCAAGCACAGGUCUCUGUAACCGAAGUUGCUGAUGAAGAUUUGAAGGGAGAGGCUGAAGUUCAGGAAGUUAAAGAUGAAUAA